UCAGCCCCUCUUUGCAUCCUCCACUCGACGAUCGCCCGACGGCCACGGGUGCGGUCAGCCUCGAUCCAAUCCUUCCUGCCGCGUCGUCGUCGCCCCACCCCCGUCAACCUCACUCCGCUUUCUCCACUCCCUACACCCGGCUCAUACACUGCGACACUCGAUCCCAAAUGCCAACGUCCAUCCGACGUCCCAUAAACCCACCGGACUAUACACCGGGUUCACGCACCAGGAACCUCCCAACCAGCCACCUCCCGCUCCGAUCGGAGGCGAGGCGGGGGCGUGGCCGCGGCGCCGACCGAGACCGAUUCCCCGCGGGGAAAGCCUGCGCCUAUAAGUACCCGACCUCGCCGGUGCCCGCGAGCUUCGAGAAACCCUCCUUCUCCGCCGCGCCUUACCCUAAGUAGCUUGCGGUUCUCUCUCACUGCCCUGCUGAUCGCUCACUGCUGCCACCGCUGCUCUGCUCUGCUACUGUUGCUGCUGCUGCUGCUGCUGCUGGCAAGGAAACCCUAGCCCUGGCCCUGAUGUCGCAGCAGGAGGCGGCGGCGGAGGCGGAGGAGAGGCUGGGGGGGCUCCGGCGGAGCGGCUCCGCCAGCCGCCUCAACGCACAGGCGCCGGAGUUCGUGCCGCGCGCCUCGGCGGCGGCGCCCCGCCCCCCGCCGGCGCAGACUGUGGUCCGUCUGUUCCCGCCGCCACCGCCCCCCGCGGCGUUCUUCGUUGCGGGGCCGCCGCCGCCGCCGCCUCCAUUCCAGUACUACUCGGCGGUUGGCGCCGGUGGUGGUGGCGGGUUCGGUGCCGCCGCCGCAGCGGAGAAGGAGGCCGGGGCUGAGCAACUGGCGCAGGCGCAGCAGCCUGCGAGGGACGGGAUCUUCGACGAUGCGGCGCACAAGAUCACAAAGCAGGUAGAGUAUUAUUUCAGUGAUAUAAACUUGGCCACUACUGAACAUUUGAUGAGGUUUAUUACUAAGGACCCUGAAGGAUAUGUGCCAAUAUCAGUUGUUGCUAGCUUUAAGAAAAUUAAGGCUUUGGUGCAAAGUAAUUCCAUGCUUGCUUCAGCUCUUCAGACUUCAUCAAAGCUUGUUGUUAGUGACGAUGGAACAAGAGUAAAACGCGAAUGCCCAUUUACUGAAUCAGAUUUAGAAGCACUCCAGGCCCGAAUUGUUGUUGCGGAAAACCUUCCAGAUGAUCAUUGUUACCCGAAUCUAAUGAGGCUCUUUUCAGCUGUUGGCAGUGUGAGGACAAUCCGAACAUGCUAUCCUCAGACCUCAAAUGGCACCGGACCAGUUACUAACAGAUCUGCCAAGCUAGAUAUGCUUUUCGCCAACAAACUGCAUGCUUUUGUUGAGUAUGAUACUGUUGUAGAUGCUGCGAAAGCGAUUGUGGAACUUAAUGAUGAGAGGAACGGGAGAAGUGGGCUCAGAGUUCGAUUGCUGAACACUUGCAUGGUUAUAGCAGUUUUGGAGCCUCAGACAAAGCUCCCUGAAACAGGUUGCUUUUGAAUGUACUUUUUUGUGAAGCGGAAGCCACUCUACAACUAGAAGCUAGGAGCAUACUCGUAAAAAUAAAAGGUGCUUUUUGGGAAAACAAAAACUCCCUCGGACAGAGGUUACAUGCCAAAUACGAGCUAUUACUGGUAUGACCGAUGGAGCAGAAAGAGCGGUGCUAUAGCAGGUCGGUGACAGUGGUAAUUGUGGUCACUAUAACACAUAAGCAAUCUUUUGACAUGUUUAAAAUAGAUUCAACAUGCUUCCGUGUCAUGUUUUAGGUUUUGGGCCAAUUUAAAUUAAUUCUGACACAGGGAUUUGAAAACUAUUGCUUCCUGUGCCCAUUAUGAACUUUAAUUUUAAAAUAUAUAGAUUUUCUUAAUUUGAAAAUAUCAUUAGUACUGACAAAUAAAUCUUUUAUUUAAAAAAAUUAGAAACUUAUGAACUUUAAUUUAGACCAGUUGAGUUUUACUAUUGAACAAUGCAACUAAAUUUUACAAUCUUGAAGAAUUUAUUGUGAAUUUAAACUUUCAAACAUUUUUCCAUAUGAAUCAAACUUCAUUAUUGAAAACAUUUGAAUCCAAAAUCUAUCUGAUUUUUAACUUUGAGUUUUACUUCUGAAUUUACAAAUUCGAAUUUAAUGUUUCAAAUUUAUUUUGAUACUAUCUAAACUGAAAUUUCAAAUUUUAAUAUUGCGGUAAAAUCAAGGUAGUUAACAUUUUUCAACAAAAUUGUGACAUAGGAUAACCUUAGUGGCAGCUCCCACUAUUCAUGAUAGAUAUUUUUGUUGUGCCACCAUGAUAAUCGUGUUUGUAAUUACUGUAUAUAGCAUUAUAGAACAAAUUUCCUUUGUUUUGCAAAUCUAGUGUGUGUUCCUUUGUACUUGCAUUUUAGGAAGAUGCAUAAAGCCAUAGAUAACGCAUAUAUUGUUUUGAUUUCUUAUUACUCCCCUUACAUACAUACUUACUGGGAUCUACUGCAAAGUGCAUUUUAGGAGGAAUCCUUUUUUAUUAAUAUAGUUGAGUGAGAUGAAUUAUAAUAAUGGAGGUGAUUGUCAUGCUCUUUGUGUAUGCACCAUGGUCCUUUUUUUCCCUACUGACUAUGCUAUGGAUAUGAAGCCAUUUUUGCGGUAAGAGACUGAUUUAACUACGGGUAGACACCCACCAUCACCAUCACCACUUAUCUUGAUCCCAACCCUUUAUAUAUCUUUAAUGAGGACCAUGAUGCACUGAUAAUGAAACUACCAGUUAGUUGUUUCAUAAUAUGGGGAAAUUCUGUAAUGGGAUCCAGUUUCAGUGACAGAAUUAUCUAUGUCAAGUUAAGUAUCAUGCGAUAGGAAAUGAAAUAUAGGGCUUGUUUCAUAGAGCUCCAGUUCCGAGAUCCAUGCAGGAUUUGGAGUUUAUAGAAUAAAAUAAAAUGGUUUAAACCUUUGUUUUUAGUUCAAAAUUAGAACAAGAUGACUCAAUCAAAAACCUUCAAUCUGCCCAUAGCUUCAUCUCCAAAAAAAUUCUGGAGCUAUGCCAAACAGGCCCAUAGUAAGGGCUUGAGAGACCUUAGUCAGAAAUGAGGGAGCUCAAGGGAUUCCACCAUGAACAAGUUUGAAGUGCUUCAAACGGAACUUCUGACCCGUAUGUUCAUGAAGUUAAUUCUGGGAACUCGAAUAUUUUUUAGCACAACAUGCUCUAGAAAGAUUGGCAUUGAUUUAUUCAUGAAUUUAUCUAUUGUUCAUUCAGUUUUAACAGAACAGAAUUCAUGCCAGUGUCAAGCAUGACCACAAACAUUGCUCCACUUUAUGUUGGAUAAGCCUCUCCUGUGGCCCUGUAUACAUGAAUCCAUCUAUGAAAUUAUGGCUGGCAUCAAUCUAAUUUACUAGAUUGAUGUAUUUAAACUUUGCUGUGAGCUUAAGUUAGUACUAACAUGUGAAAAAAAUAAAUCCAGAUUAACACAGAGAAAAGGAUGAACAGGAGGAAGUAUUUGUUUAAAACAUAGACAUGCAUUUGAAUCAAAAGUGUGAGCUUGGUGUUAACAUAGACAUGUUUUAUUCUUACCAGCAUAAGAACUUCACUUCCACCUUGUUUAAUCAUAACCUAUCACAUGUCAAACAUUGAACUGCGAAAAAGAACUCCUGCUUUUGUUUGACUUCUGAUCUAUUAGGAAGCAUUUGUGAGCUGCUAUUUAAAAUUGAAAUAAAUCAAAGUUUAGUGCAUGUGAACAAUGCUAUUUUGAAUUUGUUUGUAUAUUGCAAAACAAUCAUGUCUACCCUAAAUUUUUAGUUUUUGAGAAAAUUGUUUGCAUAUUACAAAACAAUUGUCUCUACUUAUAAUU